AUGUCACAAUCUAGCGAUAUAACAUAAAUAAGUGAUAAUAACUCGCCAGCAUAGAAGUCUUCUUUACCACCCGAUGUUGUUAAUAUGCUGAAGGCGCAAAAAGAUGAUGUUCCCAUUGGAAAAAUGCAUCAAGCAGUGCUGCCUGCCACUCUACUAAGUAAAAGAUAGAUAGAAUUUAAAAAAUCGAAUUUAUCACAUUAUAAGAUAUGGAAUUCAACUUCUAAUGAAGAUAUGUAAAGGAUUAAUGAAAUAUACAAAUAAUUCCGUAGGAAAUUUGGAAGAAAUGCUUAGCAUCUUGAUGAAUUCUUCACUUUAAUAAGUCGAACAAAUUAAGAUUUGGAAUUAGUUAAAUAGUUAAUCUUAUUUGAAGAUAAAUUUCUCUAAAAAUACAUCUAAACGAGAAGUUCUUUAUUAAAAUGUGAUUGA